UCCACUGUCAACAGGUUCUUGAGUCAACAAAACAUUACUUUCUGUCAAGGAGACAGAAUCAGAAUCAGAAAGGAAGCCCAGAGCAAGAGUUCAAGACAAGUGCUUCCUGUGGUCAAGUGGAGACGAACAGCCUGCAGCUAUGGCAAAGGGCUUAAAGAUCAAGAGCUUUGACCUCCAGGUAGCAAAGAACAAUGAAGAGCACCAUACCAAGGAGUUUAGCUCCAAGAAACUCAUACUGAGGAGGGGGCAGUCUUUCUAUGUCAUCCUGAAGUUUCUAACUCCCAUCGACAGAUUUCUGCCUAAUUUAAAGAAGGUGGCCUUCAUUGCACAAACGGGAGAGCAGCCCUCCCCAACCAACAGGACCCAAGUCAAGUUCUCAGUGUCCAGUCUGGGAGACAGGAAGGGAUGGAGCGCUGAGGUGGAGGAGAGUGAUGACGAGUCCUGGACCAUCUCUGUGACCACGCCCCCCGACGCUAUCAUUGGCCACUACUCCCUCCUCCUGCAGGUCUCUGGCCGGAAGCCACGCCUUCUAGGUCAUUUCACGCUGCUCUUUAACCCCUGGGUCCCAGAGGAUGCUGUGUUCCUGAACAAUGAGGCUCAACGCAGGGAGUACGUGUUGAAUCAGAAUGGCAUCAUCUACUUGGGAACUUCCAACUGCCUUCAGGAAGUUCCCUGGGACUUUGGACAGUUCGAAUGGGAUGUCAUUGACCUCAGUCUGAGCUUGCUGAAUGUGGACACGCAAGUGGAAGAGUGGGGCAACCCUCUGCAUGUGGCCCGCGUUUUGGGUGCCUUGCUACACUUGCUCAAGGAGAAGCGAGUCCUGCCCACCUUACAGACCCAGGAGGGGGCUUUGCCAACCAAGCGUCGGGGCAGCGUGCCUAUCCUGCGACAGUGGCUCACAGGCCAGGGGCGGCCCGUGUAUGCCAGUCAGGCCUGGGUGCUGGCUGCCGUCACUUGCACAGUGCUCCGAGGCCUGGGCAUUCCUGCCCGAGUCAUCACCACCUUCGCCUCAGCCCAGGGCACUGGCGGGAGCCUGCUGGUGGAUGAGUACUACAAUGAGGAGGGGCUUCAGAAUGGAGAAGGCCAGACGGGGAAAAUCUGGGUCUUCCAGACUUCCACAGAGUGCUGGAUGGCACAGCCCACUUUGGCCCCGGACUAUGGUGGAUGGCAGGUCCUGCACGUGGCUGUUCCUCAUGAAGGUGGAGUGCUGGAGGCCUGUGAGCUGGUCCCGGUCAGAGCUGUCAAGGAGGGCACACUGGAACUGGCCCCUGCUGUAGCUGACCUAUUUGCCUCAGUAAAUGCCUCCUGUGUGGUGUGGAAGAGCUGUGAGGAUGGGACGCUGGAGCUAACCAGCUACAACACUAAGUAUAUUGGCAACAACAUCAGCACCAAAGGCGUGGGCAGUGACCGCUGUGAGGACAUCACACAGAACUACAAGUAUCCUGAAGGGUCUCCUGAAGAAAAAGAGGUGCUGAGGAGAGUCCAGGAGAGAAUGGAGCAUGGGAAAGACAACAGCAUCUGUCCUCCCAUCCUUGAGGUUGUUGAUCCUCUGUAUCUGUUCUUGGAAGCGCCCUGCUCCCUCUCCUUGGGAGGGGACACCAUGCUGUCUGUGACCCUAGUCAACCCCAGUGACCAGGAGAAGUCUGUGCAGCUGGCAAUUGGAGUGCAGGCGGUGUACUACGACGGCGUCUUUGCUGCUGAACUCUGGAGGAAGAAGCUGUACCUUACACUCAGUGCCAACCUGGUGAAAAGAAUCACGACCAGCCUGUCCUCCUCCUAUUUUGGUCAAAGUCCACCGACAAAUAGCUUCCUUAGAAUCACCGCCAUGGCCACACACUCUGAGUCUAGCCUUAGCUGCUUUGCUCAGGAAGACAUCCCCAUUUGUAGACCACAACUGGUCAUCCAGAUGCCAGAGACUACACAGCAGUAUCAACCUCUUACUGUCCUGGUCAGCAUCCAAAAUUCCCUGGAUGAACCUCUGAAGGACUGUGUGAUCUCCAUCUUCGGAAGGGGACUCAUUUACAGAGAGAGGAGCUACAGAUUAGAUCCAGUGUGGCCAGGAAACAUCUUACGUACCAAAUUCCAGUUCACACCAACGCAUGUGGGGCUCCACAGGCUCACUGUGGAAAUGGACUGCAACAUGUUCCAGAACCUGACCAGUUACAGAAACGUCAUGGUGGUAGCCCCUGAACUUCCAGCUUAGACUUCAAGCUUUAGCGUCACUCACCCUCAGACAUUCCCCUUGGCAUCUAUAAUCUAAAACCAAUGUGUUGGGGAGAAAAACUGCUUCUCAGAUAAAUGAAUCUCCAUUCAAGAGUGAUUAGUGGUAGUUAAGAAGAAGAAGAAAAAAAAAACCUUAAAUAGUUGUUUUAAAGGAGAAAGUAUGGGACUUGAUUGACAAAAGGAUGUCUUUGAAAAAGUAAUCAGAUAAGUAUAUUCAGAUUUUGGAAGUCCAGAGUUUUUUUUUUUUUUUUGAAGUACUUUACUACUGACAUACACAUUCAUUAAAGAGACAAUC